GGCUACGACUUCUGGUACCAGCCUCGACACAAUGUCAUGGUCAGCACUGAAUGGGCAGCUCCCAAUGUCUUCAAAGAUGGCUUCAACCCGGCUCAUGUGGAGGCUGGGCUGUACGGGAGCCGCAUAUUUGUGUGGGACUGGCAGCGCCAUGAGAUUAUCCAGACCCUGCAAAUGAAAGAUGGGCUGAUACCCCUGGAGAUCCGCUUCCUGCACGACCCAACUGCCACCCAGGGUUUUGUAGGCUGUGCCCUCAGCUCCAACAUCCAGCGCUUCUACAAGAAUGAGGUAACUUUGACCCCUGCCUUCCACCCCACCCCCAACACUCAACCGUUGUCCCCCUUUCCCUCUGAACCCUGCUUCCAGAUAUUCCUUGGAGGCAGCAUUGUUAGAGGAGGCUCUGUGCAAGUGCUGGAGGACCAAGAGUUACCCUGUCAGCCGGAGCCCCUAGUGGUCAAGGGAAAACGAAUUCCUGGAGGCCCUCAGAUGAUCCAGCUCAGCUUAGAUGGCAAGCGUCUUUACGCCACUUCAUCACUGUACAGCACCUGGGACAAGCAGUUUUACCCUGACCUCAUUAGGGAAGGCUCCGUGAUGCUUCAAAUUGAUGUAGACACAGUAAAUGGAGGGCUGAAGUUGAACCCCAACUUUCUGGUGGACUUUGGGAAGGAGCCCCGAGGGCCAGCACUGGCUCACGAGCUUCGUUACCCAGGGGGUGACUGCAGUUCUGACAUCUGGAUCUGAAGGCUGGCACUAGGGCCCCCCCUCCACAUUCUGAGCCUGCCUGGCUUCACUCUGCUCUCAGCCCCAACUCUCCAAGGCCACUCUGAGACCAGCGAGAUCUGUAGA